UAAAGGGACAGAGGGAAUAUAUAUUAAAACUCAAUGGCAAAACAUGAGCCUGCCAUAUGUCACUUUUACUAGGAAAAUGAUGUGGCGCCAUGUCAUACUAUUGAAGAUUUAAGUUUAAUUUUAUACAUGUAAAUUUAGCAACAAUCUAUAAUAACAAAAAUUAAUCUCACUUCUUUUAUUUGCUUAUACGUAAAACCUAUAUAUGUAACCCAAAUUAUGUAUUGAGCUUUUUAAGCUAAUGUUUUUUAUUUUUUAUUUUUUUUUUGAAGUAAAUUAAAAAAAAAUUAGGAUACUAGGUAUUGGAUAAUAUAUUUGAUGUUCAAUAAUGAUUGGAAAAAUAUAUUUUAAAUAGUACGAGUACCAAAUAAAUGUAACUGAUUUAAUCAAUAUUUAUUAUAUUUCAUCACUUAAUUUUUAUUAUAAAAGCUCAUUUUAAAUAUACAUAUAAUGACUCGGGCAUCACCCGGGCCAAAAACUAGUUCUCCAAAGCCAAAUAACGUUUAAUUGAGAAACUCUAUUAAGUGAUAAAACUAAGGCAUAUGGCAAAUUACAACUCUACCCACAUACUAAAACUGAAUGAGAAAAAAGAAAAAAAAAAAAAAAAACCCCAAAAAAUAAACAUACACUUACUCUCAAAGUAGAUCAUGACCCAAAAAUAGAGGUGAUUAAUAUAGGUCCGACCCGAUUUUGGAGUAUUGAAUCAACUAAACUUCAAUGCUCCAAACAUAGCAAAUUCCAAACAAAUGGCACAUGCAUUAUGCAUUAUGCAACUUGUACAUCCUCACUUGCUUAGCUCCACAAAAUUUGAUUUCUUCUUCUCACGUACUUCAGUUACAUACUUGCAUGAUUUCAUUUAUCACCAUUCAAUUAUUUAUUAAUUUAUUUAUUUUCCUAUAUUUUUUCAAAUUUUCCUCCAAUUCUAUACUAUCAGCAAUAAACCAGCCAAAAUGCAAUUCAAAGCCAUAAUUUCCCCUUCUCCUAACAUCCGAAUCAAAAUUCCCAUAAUCAAACAAUUUUCACUCUCCUCCAAUUUGCGGCACCCUAAAAUCCCACUUAAGCCCUUCAAUUUAUGCUUUCCUGAAUCCCAUCAAAUUCCCAGAAAUUUGCAAAAAGUUGGUUGUAUUAGUCCUAGCCAAGAAUUUCUGGGUGAAAAUCUUCAAACCCACGAACCAGAAUCCGAGAUUAACCCAGAAAUUCUUAACCUUCAACCUUCAAAACCCACAAAUGUAGCUGAAGAAUUUGCUAAUCAAAGUACAUGGGAUCAAAUAAUUGAGAUUGUUAAGUUUUCUGGUCCUGCUACUGGGCUUUGGAUUUGUGGGCCUUUGAUGAGUCUCAUUGAUACUGCUGUUAUUGGCCAAGGCAGCUCUAUUGAGCUUGCUGCGUUAGGUCCAGCAACUGUGCUAUGUGAUUAUGUUGGAUAUGUGUUUAUGUUUCUUUCAGUUGCAACUUCCAAUAUGGUUGCUACUUCACUAGCUCAAAAGAACGAGGAUCAAGUGCAGCAUCAGAUAUCCAUGUUACUAUUCAUAAGUUUGGCAAGUGGAGUGCUGUUGUUUUUACUGACGAAAGGAUUCGGUGAAUGGGCUUUAACUGCUUUUGUGGGAGCGAAAAAUAUGAAUCUUGUAUCUGCUGCGAAUUCGUAUUUACAGCUUCGUGCCUUAGCAUGGCCUGCCAUUCUUGUUGGCUAUGUCACUCAGAGUGCCAGUCUAGGCAUGAAAGAUUCCCUGGGACCAUUGAAGGCAUUGCUCAUUGCCACUGCUCUCAGUGGAAUUGGUGAUAUAGUACUCUGUGUCUUCUUAAAUUAUGGAAUAGCUGGUGUAGCGUUGGCAACUGCAGCAUCACAAAUUGUUGCAGCUAAUGUGAUGAUUGAUGCUUUGAAUAAAAAAGGAUACAAUGGGUAUUCCUUUUCAGUUCCAUCACUUGCUGAAUUGCAAGAAAUAGUUGGGAUAGCUGCCCCCAUCUUUGUAACCAUGUUUUCAAAGGUGGCCUUAUAUGGUCUACUUAUUUAUUUUGCUACGUCUAUAGGUACGCAUGUAGUGGCUGCUCAUCAGGUUUUGCUUAAUAUAUUUGGCAUGUGUUCAGUAUGGGGUGAGCCCCUUUCUCAAACUGCACAAUCAUUUAUGCCCGAGCUACUUUAUGGAGCCAACCGAAGUUUAAAAGCUUGUUUUUACAAACAGGCGAGAUCUCUAUUGAAGUCUCUUUUGAUAAUAGGAGCGUCUAUUGGACUUCUUCUAGGAACUGCCGCAACUUCUGUCCCUUUUGUUGUUCCUAAUUUCUUCACAUCUGAUACAGUAGUGAUAGGAGAGAUGCACAAUGUUUGGAUUUGCUUCUUCCUUGCUUUAAGUGUGACUCCUUGUAUACUCCCCAGUGAGGGUACAUUGCUGGCUGGCAGGGAUCUCAAAUUCAUUAGUAUAUCAAUGAGUGGAUGUUUCGCUUUGGGCGCACUUGUAUUACUGCUAGUGAGAAGUCAAGUAGGUUUAGUAGGUUGUUGGAGUGCCCUUGUUGGAUUUCAAUGGGCACGCUUCUUGAUUUCUCUAAGACGCCUUCUUUCUCCUAAUGGUGUAUUAUUCUCAGAGGAUCUUGACCAUUUCAAAUUGGGCGAGCUUAAGGUAGCUUAGGUAAAGAUUCAACAAACACCUUCAGAAAAUUCUUUUCAUUGGUUAAACUACCUUCAGCAAAUUCGAGUAAGAAUAAAUUUGAUGUAUCAGGGUAUGUACAAUCAUAAAAAUUAUUCCAUAGUUGUUCUUUGCAAGAAUUGCAACUGUAUCCUCUGAUACUUCUAACAUUAGAGUUUCAGAGAUAGAAGUAUAUAUAUAGCUUAAGGUGAAAUGUAAUUAAAUAUCAUAAUCCAUAUUUUUGGGAAACUUUGCAGAAAAUCACCCUCUACCCCAUGA